AUGAGAAACCGAGAGAAUCCAACGAAAUGGGAGAGUUAUAAACAGGUUAUCACCGCAGUUUCAGCAUAUUGGGUAUUCUCGAUCGGGUUGGUGUUCCUGAACAAAUAUCUGUUGUCUAGUGUAAAGCUCGACGCGCCACUCUUCAUCACCUGGUACCAAUGUCUCGUCACCGUUUUCCUAUGUCUCGCUCUUUCAAAAAUCUCUAAAAACUACGGUAUUUUCAAGUUUCCCUCGAUGCCAAUCGACGCAAAAAUCAGUCGAGAAGUGCUUCCGCUCUCCGUCGUUUUCGUCGCAAUGAUCUCUUUCAAUAAUCUGUGUUUGAAGUAUGUCGGUGUCAGUUUCUACUAUGUCGGUCGGAGUCUGACGACCGUCUUUAACGUCGUCUGCACUUAUCUGAUUCUCGGACAGAAGACGUCCGGACAGGCAAUUGCUUGUUGUGCUUUGAUUAUAUUUGGAUUCUUUUUGGGUGUCGAUCAGGAGGGUGCCACCGGAACUUUAUCGUAUACUGGUGUCAUUUUUGGAGUUUUGGCUAGUUUGUCGGUUGCGCUCAACGCGAUUUAUACAAGAAAAGUGCUCUCCUCGGUCGGCGAUUGUCUGUGGCGUCUGACGAUGUACAACAAUUUGAACGCCCUCGUCCUCUUCCUCCCUCUGAUGCUUUUCAACGGAGAAUUCGGCGCCGUCUUCUACUUUGACAACCUCUUCGACACUACCUUCUGGAUUCUGAUGACGUUCGGUGGAAUCUUCGGAUUCAUGAUGGGCUACGUCACCGGGUGGCAGAUUCAGGCGACGUCUCCGUUGACUCAUAAUAUAUCUGGAACUGCGAAAGCCGCCGCUCAGACUGUGAUGGCUGUCAUGUGGUAUUCUGAAGUGAAGACGAUGCUCUGGUGGACUUCUAACUUCGUCGUGCUAUUCGGAUCCGCAGCUUACACCUAUGUCCAGAAGCGAGUUAUGGAUAAGAAGAAUUCUGGAGCAUCCCCGGCGAGUCAAGCGAAAUCCGACGAGAUUAAACUUCUGGGAAGAGAUGGAGAGGCAGAGGAAUCCGUCUAA